CGGCAUCAAUGGUGCAGACCAGCGUUCGCGAGCUAAUAGUCGUAUGGACAUACCAGAUCGAGCAUGGUGAUGCCCAAGGAGGAGGCAUGCUGCCAACGUGCGUAGCUCGACAGUGUCUGAUGAAAUCGGAGUCGACAAUAUAAGUCCAUAAGAAAACGCUGCUGCAUCCCAGAUCAGUCAAGUCUACUACUAUGGCUUUCCCAACUCAAACGCCAAGCAAUGCCCUUCAUACCAUCCUACCCACAAUCUCAAAAGCCUACUCCAAAGCCGAGUCCACGCCCAUCUCGAACCCUACCAUCGAGAACCACGCAGGCUUCAUCCGCAUUCCCGUUGGCAUCGCCGGCCCCCUCCUCAUCCACGGCCCCGGAAACACACACAGCACCUUCUUCGCCCCCCUCGCCACCGUCGAACCAACCCUCGUCGCCUCCUGCUCCCGCGGCAGCAAAGCCUUCACCGACUCCGGCGGCCUGCACUAUCGCAUCCUGCACGAGUCCAUGAUCCGCGCGCCCGUGUUCUGCUUCCACACGCCCGCCGCCGCACUCGCGUUCGCCGCCGCCGUCCCCGGCCUGCACGACACGCUCGCCCGCGCCGCCGAGGCCACGAGUCGUUUCGCAAAACUGCAGAGACUGGUCCCGUGCGUGGUAGGCGCGGAUGUGCACGUGCGCUUCGAGUACAGCACGGGAGACGCGGCGGGGCAGAACAUGGUGACCAUCGCGACGCAGGCCGCAUGCGACAGUUUCCUCGCCAGCCACGCAGCCCGGGGGUACGAAAUUGUGGAUUUCUUCAUCGAGGGCGAUGCCGCGAGCGACAAGAAGGCGUCGUGGCGCAACGUCGCGGAGCCGCGCGGGUGCCAGGUGCUGGCGUGGGGCGAGGUGACGAACGAGGUGUGCGAGCGCGUGUUGAAGUGCAGCACGGCGCGGCUGUAUAAGCUGCUGAUGCUGAUGAAGGAGAGUCAGACGCGCAACGGGGGGUUUGGGUGCAAUGUCAACACGGCGAAUGUUGUGGCGGCCAUGUUUGUGGCGUGUGGGCAGGAUGCGGGAAGUGUUGCUGAGAGCGCGUGGUCGCAGCUGUCUACAACGUAUGAUGCGCAGACCAAGGUGCUCAGACAGAGUCUCUUUUUCCCGAGUCUGCCCGUGGGUGUUGUGGGCGGGGGCACGAUGUAUCCGUCACAGAAGGCUAGUCUUGAGCUACUGGGGUGUCGGGGACCUGGGGGAAAGCGCAGGCUGGCUGGUCUGAUUGCGUGCUUCUGUAUGGCUUUGGACAUCAGUACAGCCGCGGCUAUCGCGAGUGGUGGAUUCACGGAUGCGCACAAGAAGCUCGCGAGGGAUGCUGCGGAUAAGAGUAAACUGUAG